GUUCCGGGUUUUUCAGCACAGGAGGUAACGACUCAUUUGUAAAUACAUCUGUGAAAAAUGUCCCUCAAAGUGCACGCUCUGAGGGGUCUGGUGAUGGAGAGGCUCACUGCUGCCGCAGAUGAGAUUUUUGCACUUUUUGAACGAACAUUUGCGCAAUAUGAAGAGGAGGUUCUGGGCAAAUUACUGCAACAACCGCGUGUGGUUCUCUACAAAGAAGAUAUCCAGACUGUAACUGUGGGUGAGGACAUCAGGUCUGACCAAAUUAUCAAAGAGGAGGAACAAAUCAACAAUGAGCAGGAAGUCGAUCCACCAAUCAAAGUCCAGUAUCCGAUCUCAGCCGAUGAGAACAGACAGGACCCGAGUGGAGAGCAGUGUGAUGGAGAGGAGCCUGGCUGUAGUGCAGAUGGACAAACUUACAGCUGUUCAGAUGAGAUCCAGUCCCUAAAUGUGAUUGUGGGUGUGGACGUCUGCUCUGACCAAGUUAUCAAGGAGGAACUAAUGAACGUAAAGCAGGAAGUGGAUCCACCAAGCAACCUCGAUUGUCCUUCUCCCACUUUGAAAUCUGAAAAAUCAGACCCUGCCAAGGAGCAGGAAAGAGAGGUGGCAAAUGUAACCAGAGAGCAAUGUGAUGGAGAGGGACUGGGCUGCAGCGCAAAUUUGAGUUUGGACAAUAACAGACGAUUUUACAAUAGUUCAGACACGGAUGAUUCUGCCGACUGGGCCGAAGGAACAAGCAAACGUAAUGGAGAAGAACCUAAUGCAAGUCUUAAAAAAAAAACCUGCAGAAAAGCAUAUAAAUAUGUUCAAUGGUGUGAACAGUUUCUGUCGCAAUGUAGUAAUGAGAAAUGUAGAUAUUCCUUUGGACCAAACCCUGAGAUGUCCCAAAUGUUACAGGUCAUUUAAAAGCAUGGAAACUCUAGCGAGACAUGCUCAGAUGCACACAAGGAAAAAACAGAUCAUUUGUCAAAUCUGCAACAAAGGUUACUCCAGCAGAUCGAAUUUCAGCAAGCAUUUCCGCAUUCACAGUGCGAAAAAUAAUUUCAGGUGUUCAUUAUGCAACCAUGUGUUUGCAGAGAGGUGGCAUUUCGAAGAGCACAUGACGAUUCACACAGGAGAGAGACCAUUCAGCUGUUCACACUGCGGCCAGAGGUUCAGGCACAGGAACUCGAUCAAGAGACACGUGUUAUCUUGGCACAGCAAAGAGAAGCCUUACUCAUGUCCCAUCUGUCAGAAAGGCUUUGUCGAAAAGAAGCAUUUUAAUACACACAUAAGGAAGUACCAUUCAGAGCCCAUUUAGGAGUCCAACCUUUCCUGAAUAGCUUUAGAAUGAUCUUGAGCUGUAUCAGAACAAGUAUAAGACACAGACCAUACACCCAUGGACCUACAGGACAACUGAGGGAUUACACAGAUAUAAGGCCACAUGGGAAUAUAAAAAAGUAUUGUUUUAAUCUUGAAAAUGACAUUCUAUUGUCUAAAUAAAGAGUUGUUGAUAGAUGAGAUUUAUACCAUACUGUGGAAUAUUAUAGCCAAAGGAACAACAUUUCCAAGUAAACGGGGAAGGUCUAUUUUUUGUC